UAAACAACUCUCUCCAUUCAGGUUGGAGUGAGUCGCUCAAGUCGCGUCUAAGGCUGUGAAAAUGACACCCAUGGUGCAUCUGUUGUUGCUCCCAUUACUGUUCAGCCUUGCCAGUGGGAAGGAUCUGGAGGAAAAGAAGGGCCCAUUUGAGAACAUUAUAUUAGACGUGCCAGAGGGGACACCAGUGCCGUAUCCUAUUUAUCAGUUUCAGACAACAAAUGCAGGUGUGACUGAUUUUCGGCUCAGUGGAGAAGGUAAGGAUGACAUUAGGAUCUCGAGAGAUGGAUGGCUCUACCUGGAAAAACCUCUGGAUUGGUCAAAAGAAAACCAUUACGUCCUUAAGGUGGAUGCGUUUGAAGGUGACAAACAGGUCGAUGAACCCAUCUUUGUGACCAUAAAUGUUUUGGAUAUCAAUAACAAUGCACCAUACUUCAACCAGAGCGUCUACACAGCUACAGUUCGAGAACGCAGUCCCAUAGAUGUCCCAUUUACCCGAGUGUUUGCGUUUGACCGAGACGACCCUCAGACUUCCAAUGCAGACCUGGUUUACAGCUUGGUUAGCCAAAUUCCCAAUAAUCACAACAUACCCAUGUUCCAGAUCAACCCCCAAACAGGAGAGAUCUCCACCACAGCAGAAGGAUUCCGCAGUCUGAAGGCCAGAGAAGGAUUUCACUAUGGUCAAGGAGAAGAACGUAGCAUUGACAAUUUGAAAGCAAAGUUUGAUGAAUACUGUGCAGCACAGAAAGUCCCUUAUGAAGACAAUCCUUUCUUCACUUGCAUGGAGAAAGCAGAGAUGAGGAGGGAGAAUGUAGACCCACUGGAGGACCCAGACUACUUCCUGGUUGUGCGAGUCCAGGACCAAGAAGGAAAGUCAGACACUGCGUUGAGUGGGAACACCAGAGUACACAUUGUUGUGCAGCAGAACUUGUGGUUCAACCCAGGUCCCAUCUCUAUUGUGGAGAACUUAAUGGGAGCGUAUCCCCGGUCGAUUGCAAAGGUCCAGUCUAAUGAUCCCAAUGCCAUCUAUUCAUUAGUACAAAAAGAGAGAGGACUGAAAUUUCCCUUCGAAAUCUCAGAAAGUGGAGUCAUAUAUUUAACAGAGCAGCUGGACAGAGAGGAAAAAGACAUGUACACCUUGGUUGUGUUUGCAAAGGAUAAUAAUGACAAGGAAGUGGAUCCCCCCAUGGAGAUUCACGUCUUGGUGCUGGAUGUGAAUGACAAUGCACCAGUGUGUGAAAAUGAGGAGAGUGUUUUUGAGAUCCAGGAAGAUGAACCUCCAGGAAGCCUGGUAGGUCAGCUGUUGGCCCAGGAUAAAGAUCAAGAAGGGACCCUGAACUCCCAGCUGACAUACAAGAUUGGGUCCUUAAGUCCAUCAGCUGCAUCCAACACUUUCUCCAUUGAUGAGGCCUCUGGAAGAAUCCAGGCGCUGCGCUUGCUUCGAAGAAAUGAACAGAAGUUCUACCACCUGACUGUUGAAGUCAGUGACACAGAUUUUAGCACUAAUUGCAAGCUGGUCAUCAAGGUCAUCGACGUCAACAACCAGCUGCCGCUCUUUGAGAAGAGCGACUAUGGCGAACACACUCUGGCAGAGGACACUCCAGUGGGACACACAGUUGUAACCGUCAGAGCAACAGAUGAGGAUGAUGCUGACAGCGGCAGCUCAUUUAUUGAGUUCCACCUUUCUGCUGGAAAUGAUGAUGAUACCUUUUCUGUGGAGACAGAUGGAAAAGGCAUUGGUCAUGUGGUCAUUGCCAAGCCUCUGGACUUUGAGUCUGCUAAGACGUUCCACAUCCAGAUUGAUGCUCGUAACCCGGAGCCCCUGAUGAAAGAUCUGGAGUACGGCACAGAGUCCACCGCCACUUUCUCUUUAUCUGUCACUGAUGUGGACGAGACUCCCGAGUUCAGCCUGAACGUCCUGGAUGUGACGGUGCCUGAAAACUUCACCAAAGGAUCUGUGCUGUUCACUGUGGAGGCAAAGGAUCCCGAAGGGAAAGAGAUUGGGUUUAAGUUGGACGGGGACUCUCAAGGCUGGCUGGAGAUUGAUGCUGCCUCAGGGGAGAUCAAAACAAAGGAAAAGCUUGACAGAGAGAAACUGGAAACUUUUGAAGUCAGCGUGAUUGUCUUCGAAAAGGAGAACCCAGAGAAGUAUUCAGAGCAGUCGCUCCAUGUGCGGCUGCUGGACGUCAACGACAACUACCCCAAACUGAUUGAGAAGGUGGCCUUCAUCUGCACCAAAGACCUCAAACCUGUCAUCCUCAAGGCUGAAGAUGGAGACAGUGCUCCUUUCUCUCAACCUUUUGUUUUCAGCUUUGCUGACCACAAGAAAUCUCCCAACUGGGAGCUGCGCCAAAUUGACGAAACAACAGCUGAACUGCGUUUGAAGAAAAAGCCGACUCAAGACAGGAUUUUCCCUCUCAGUAUCAACAUCAAGGACAAUGCUGGCAUGGGGGUCAGUCAGUUAUUUGAAGUGAAAGUAUGCAACUGCACAGAGCUAGGAUACUGCUACGUGGCACCAGAAGAGGGAUUCAAGCCAGCAGUGGGAGUCACCAUCGCCAUCCUGGCAUGCAUCUUGGCAUUCUGUGUCAUCAUGUUCAUCAUCGUGCUUAAACGCUCGGAUAAAAAGAAAAAGGCGAACGCCUUGGAUAAAGAAGGGGAGCGGAGCGCCAUGAUGUAGACACACGUAUGAAGAUUUAUUUAUAAACACUAAUAUAAAUUAGCUUUGAGGGGAUUUGCAAAUUGUACAGUAUGUAGUCAACCUGUGUUUUUGCACCUUCCACAAGGAUGAAAUCUUCAUUCAAGUGUUUUGUGGUUUGGAAAAGCUUCCUUUUUGCAACUUUUGACACAUGUAAGCAGAAGGAUAUUUACAGUUAUUUUUUAGUCUCCUGAUCAAUGAACAUUUUUAGAUAAAUUCUCCAAAUCCCUUUUUUUCCUCUCUUAUAUAAUAGUAAUUAGUCCUCAUAAGUAUACACUCGCAAUUUUGCUUUAGCUUGUUUUGUUUUUCUUCUGGGAGUCGAGCUGCACUGUGCAGACUAAAUUAUUUCAGCAGAUGGUUUUAUGUCAGCUUAGCACUCAGAUAACUUGUUGACUCUCUGACCCUGAAAUGCUGUGCUCUAGUUGUUUUAUUAGCAGUUGCUUUGUGUCUCAUAGUUUAACCACAGUUGUCAUUUGAGCUCUGUGGUGGUAUUUGAUCCUGUAAUGUAGCAUUCUUAUGAACAUCGAUGAAUGUGAAUUUGUAAAGACACGUUAAUGUUCCCUUUUCCAAUAAACAAAGAAGCUGUUAAUCA